AUGUACAAUACAUUGCUCCGACAUCUCUCUUUCUUGGGACCGGGGCUGAUCGCCGCCGUGGCCUACUGUGACCCUGGUAACUGGGCCACUGAUAUGGAGGCAGGCUCUCGAUUUGGCUAUAAACUCCUUUUUACUGUUCUUCUUUCAGGUCUGUUUGCUGUCCUACUCCAAGUCUUGAGCUGUCGUCUUGGUGCAGUGACGCAUCAAGAUCUCUCUGUGCAGACCCGGCGUCUCGUAUUGGGUCUCCGGGACGAUAUAUCGAGUGAAGUGGCCCUGAAUACACGAAAAAUGCGGCUACGCUACUGGCUGCUUUUAAUUCCCCUAUAUUUUGUGAAUGAAGUGGCCAUCAUCGCUACCGAGCUGGCUGAACUGAUCGGCAGUGCUAUCGCAUUGAAUUUGCUCUUUCCUUCCCUCCCUCUUUGGGCCGGUGUCCUCAUCACUACCGCGGAUGUAUUCCUUAUCCUUAUUUUGUACCGACCUUCGACAGGUGUGCGUCUCUUUGAGCUGCUAAUCGGCGUGCUGGUCAUCAUUGUACUAGUCUGCUUCUGCAUCUUGCUGGGCCACGUCGAGCCUGACUGGGGCGAUGUAUUUUAUGGCUAUGUCCCUUCCAAGACGGUAUUUACAUCGAAAGGUCUGUAUGUUUCCAUUUCGAUUUUGGGUGCCACCAUUAUGCCUCACUCGUUAGUGCUGGGCUCGCACUUUGCUACGAUUGACCGCCUUGCUGGCGACUUUAAUGAAAUGGAAGAGACGAACCCCACAAACGAAGAAGAUGAUCUGUCUUUGUCGACGAAGAAAAAGAGCAUUUGGCAGCGUCUUGUGGCCUCGAACAUCAAGGUCCCAGAAAUGGUACAGAGUGACGCGCCUGCGCCUAAAGAACCUGUCUCGUUGCGGUACAUGAACUUGACUUUGCAGCAUGCCUCGUGGGACAUUGCGGUGUGCCUCGUCGUGUUUGCCAUUACUAUCAACAGUGCGAUUCUCAUUGUAGCCUCUGCGGCCUUUUAUUAUGGCCAUAACAAUACAGGCGACAAGGAAAUUGUCGGUGAUCUAUUCCAGGCAUUCCAUCUGCUGCGAGAAACGACCGGCAAAGCGCCAGCGAUCUUGUUUGCCAUUGCCUUGCUCGCAGCAGGUCAAUCAUCCAGUAUUACGGUGACCUUGGCAGGUCAGAUCAUUUCGGAAGGAUUUAUUCACUGGCGGCUUACGCCAUUCAUGCGACGUCUGUUGACGCGCGCCAUUGCUGUGAUCCCGUCCAUGAUCGUUGCCGUCGUUGCAGGUCGUGAUGGAUUGGACCAAAUGUUAGUGGCAUCACAGGUGGCUCUUUCUAUGGCACUCCCCUUUGUCAGUUUCCCUCUGUUGGUGAUUACGUGCUCGCCUAAGCGUAUGCUUCGUGAGAUUCUUCCUGAGCCUGCGCCUGCGCCGACGUCGUCUGCGUCCUCGACCUACGGCAGUGUCCCGGCAUCCGAGGCCAUCUCUCGGGACGAUGACCUUGGUGCGGCCUCGAACGUCUCUACAUCCUCGCGAUGGUGGGCUCGUGUACGGCAUGCCACUGCCCCGCUUUGGCGUCUUGCGUGGCCGGAGCGGCGUCGCCUGGACCCUGCGACUGGCAAAAAAAUGUACACCUUUCACAAUGCCAUGCCUAUCGCACUGCUGUCAUGGGCUAUCUUUCUCUUGAUUUGUAUUGCAGAUGUCUUCGUGCUGGUCACAACACUGCGUGAUCCCUCCAAUGCCUAG